AUGUGGCUGUUCUUUUGGUUGAGCGGCCUUUUGGCAGCUUCAGUCAUUCAUGGCCAAUUUGUCGAGUCUGAGCCAUGCUUCUGCAAAAUUGGCGAAGCUGUCGAGUCAUGUCGUUGUGACGAGCCCAACAUCGACCAACUAAAUAACGUCGAAAUUUAUGAUAAACUUCAAAAACUUCUCAAACGAGACUUCUUCCGCUUCUACAGGGUCAACAUGGACAAACCAUGUCCCUUUUGGUCAGAUGAAAGACAGUGUGGGUCGAGUCAAUGUGGCAUAGCAUUCUGUGACGAUGAAGUGCCGGCCGGCUUACGACGGCCGGCCGUAGUGACAACGGUGCGUCUGCCAGGCUACGAAAUCACAGUGUCCGACACGAAUCACACGAAUGAUUCAUCAUCACAACGUCGUCGGAACCACACCACCCGCAACAUCGUCAGCACUUCAACGCUUCAGGAUUGCCCGAGCGCUGGACAACAAAGCAAUGAUUUCGAUCCUAUGGAUAGAAGUCUUGAUGAGGGAUAUCGUGAGCAACUUCGUGAAAUGGAUAUUCAUGAUGAUCAAGAGAACAAGUUCUGCGAGGUUGAUGAUGAAGACUCUUCCGAUAUGCAUUAUGUUGAUUUAUCGAAGAAUCCGGAACGAUACACGGGAUACAAAGGAGAUUCAGCCGUUCGUGUAUGGAAAAGCAUUUAUCAGGAGAAUUGCUUCAAACCCGACAUGAAGUUCGACAAAAACUUUCUGAUGCACCCCGACAACUUCGGGUUAUGCUUGGAGAAAAGAGUUUUCUAUAGACUCAUCUCGGGUUUCCACUCUGCUAUCACAAUAUCAAUAGCGGCAUACAAUUACAAACCUGCACCUGCUGGAUUCGGACCUGGAACAUGGUUCCGCAAUACUGAGAUGUUUGCCGGGCGAUUCGGAACGAAAUGGAGCUGGGAGGGACCACAACGAUUGAAAAAUGUUUAUUUUGUGUUCCUGCUGGAGCUGCGUGCUCUUCUGAAAGUUGGACCUUAUUUGCAAAAAGAGCUGUUUUACACUGGCAAUGAAAAGGAGGACAUUGAAACUCGUGUUGCGAUCGAUGAGUUGUUGGACAUCAUUCGACAGUUUCCAGACCAAUUCGAUGAACAUGAGCUGUUUACGGGUGUAGAAGCACAUGCUCGCGAACUGCGAGAGGAAUUCAGAUCACAUUUCCUCAAUAUUUCACGGAUAAUGGAUUGUGUUGCUUGCGAUAAAUGCCGGUUGUGGGGAAAAGUUCAAAUUCACGGCAUGGGUACCGCACUGAAAAUCCUUUUCUCAGAUCUACCACAUUCUCACUACAUGGUUAAUUCUAAAGGAUCCAUAGUAAAUGCUCCGUUCCAGUUGACUCGGAAUGAAGUGGUUUCGUUGUUCCAAAGUCUUGGAAGGUACUCGUCCAGCAUCAAGGAGAUCGACGAAUUCCGAAAAGAAAUGCUAGUUGGUUACCGUGGUAUAGAUGAGUUAUGA